GGCGCGGGCCUUCAGCCGACGUAGCAUGUAAACGACCCAUUAUUUUUGCGUAUUUAAAAUAAAUAAUAAUAAUGUUUAGGCGCUUGGAAACGAGUAUUGGCAAUGGAGUGUUGUGUUAUUUUAGAAGAAGCCACGUUUGGACGAAGGGGAAUGUUGUUGUAUCGCCGUUCCGUGAUGUUAGCAUACCGGAGGUUACAUUGCCGGAGUAUGUUUGGAAUAAAUUGAUCAAAUGGUCGGAUAAAAUAGCCGUGCAAUGCGGAGUUACAGAGAGGAAGUAUACAUACGCACAGCUCUAUAAGCAUUCGCAAAUAUUGGGAGCACAUUUGAGAAAAAACUUCGGUCUCAAAGAUGGCGACACUGUUGCUAUUAUGAUGCCAAACUUGCCAGAAUACCCGACCACUAUUUUUGGUAUUCUGUCUGCGGGUGGAGUUGUGACGACAUUGAAUCCUAUUUAUACACCGUAUGAGGUUCAAAGACAAAUCCAGUUAUCAGAAGCAAAAUUGAUAAUCACGGUACCAGAAAUAGUUCCAGUUGUCAAAGAAGCUCUUGAAAUGAACAAAAAAAGUAUACCGAUUAUUGUAAACGACGUAUUCAGUAAGCGACCAGAAGGAACAGUAUCUUAUAAAGAAAUAAUUGACAAUACAAACAUAGACACUAGUAUACUGAAAGAGGUUAAACGAAAGUUCGAUGACGUAGCUUUCUUACCAUAUUCAAGUGGUACCACGGGACUGCCUAAAGGAGUAGAACUGACUCAUUAUAACAUAGUAACUAAUUGCGAACAGCAAAAUAAUGAAUGCCAGUUACAUAAUGAUACAACAGAAUCAAACCAGGAUUCAACUCUAGCUAUAUUACCCAUGUUCCAUUCCUACGGUCUUGGUGUAGUCACCCUUCACAAACUGUCUGUUGGUACGAAACUGGUAACUCUGCCAAAAUUCAAGCCUGACACAUUCGUCGAAGCUCUAGCUAAGCAUAAGAUGGAGAUGUUCUUCUUAGCGCCGCCGUUGUUACUGUUCCUAGCGACGUACCCUCAAGUAAAAGCGAAGCACUUGGAACGCGUGCGAAGUGUCAUCAUCGGGGCUGCGCCUGUACCAAAAGUUGAUGUUGAGACGUUUUUAAGAAAAAUUGAUAGGGACUGUCAUGUUGCACAAGGCUACGGGCUCACUGAAACCAGUCCCUUGGCUACAAUCAGCCCAAUAGGAUUCAAGAACUACACUAGCGUGGGAUUCCCUCUGUCAAAUACACAGUUGAGGGUGGUGGACGAAAAUUUGAAAAACAUGGGCCCUAAUGAGGUUGGUGAACUACUUAUAAAAGGUCCUCAUGUUAUGAAGGGAUAUAAGGAUAAUCCGGAAGCAAAUAGCCAAGUGUUUGUUGAAGAUAAAUGGUUCCGUAGUGGAGAUCUAGCGAGGAUAGCUGAAGACGGCUCUGUUUCUAUUUCUGAUAGACUGAAAGAAUUGAUAAAGGUAAACGCUUAUCAAGUGCCACCAGCAGAGUUGGAGGGUGUUUUAAAGGAACAUCCAGAUAUCUUCGAUGCUGCUGUCGUGCCAGUACCCGAUCCUGCCACGGGAGAAAAGCCAAAAGCAUUCGUUGUAUUGUACGAGAAUAAAUACGUAACUGAAACAAACAUACUGGAGUUCGUAAGCAAACGAGUUGCGCCGUACAAGAGAAUUAAAGAAGUAGUUUUUCUUAAGGAAAUUCCAAAGAAUCCGUCCGGUAAAAUAUUAAGAAGAGUUCUCAUUGAGAAAUAUUGUUAAUUCACAUAUGUAAUACUAGCGGUCCGCCCGGCUUCGCCCGUGGUACAUAUAUAGCCUUACUUAAUAAAUGCGCUAUCUAACGCUGAAAUAAUUUUUUUUAAAUCGGACUAGUAGAUUCUGAGAUAAGUGCGUUCAAACAAACUCUUCACUUUAUAAUAUUUGUAUAGAUGUAUUGACUACUGCGUCGAGGACAAUUAAUAAAUUUAUGAUGUUAUUGAAGAAAUGUAAAGCGCAUUCGUAUCAAAUUUAUAAAAUUUGUUGAUGGGUAUUCAAUUAUCUUUAACUGGUUAAAAAAAAAACUUCGUUGAGAUAAUAAAAUAUUGUUACAAACGUAAAUAGAAAGUUUUAGAGAGUUGUUUAUGCUCUUGUUUAUCUGAGCUUCCAUUUUUGGAGACUUACGUUUUUACGUGAGGAUUUUAUAUGAUGACAAAAUAAAAUGUU